AUGCUACUCAGGAGCCAAUCUGCUACCAGCGACCAACUUUUCAAUAAGCCUCCGGCGUCAUCUCCAGCUAACCCGUCAGUCAAAGCACGCACGAAGCGGAAGCCAGAUUUCCUGGACGGUAACGAAACGACUCUUAGAAAAUCUGUUGGCGACUUGUGUCAGGGAUUUUAUGGAUACCCUGCUCGCCCACAGCAGGAAGACACCGUGCUUCCCCUUCUCAAAGGGAUCACAUCAUUUCUAUUAGCGGGCACCGGAUUUGGCAAAAGCCGUGUCCCAGAACUGUUUUAUCUCGCACAUGAACCCACAUCUAAACCGAUCAUCCUCAGUAUCAACCCUCUCAAGGGCCUCGGGAAUGAUCAGGUCAUCGAGAAGAAACGUGUCGGCCUCAACGCCGUGAAUUUAACCGGCUCCAAUUGCACUACAGAGGCAUGUAAUGCCAUCAUGAACGGGGAUUACAAUUUUGUUUAUGUGAACGCUACUUUAGAUUAUUUGCAAAUAAUCAAUGCAUCUCGAGGUCACCCUAAAGAGGCAGGAAAUGGUCACUCCGACUUCGCUCGUCGGUACCAUGCGACGACUGGCCCCAACGCCAAACUUGAUGCAGUCAAUGCUUUUGUGGCUGAGGAGACAGAACGUCAGCGAAUCGCAGGAAUGCCGCCCUGCGACUGUUCGAACUGUCUGCCCGAGGAGGCCGAAGCCUUAUGGCUUGCUCAGCCUGGACUCACCAAUGAUAAUCUGGAUAUGGCCCUCCGAAUGAGCGCAAGCGAACUGGCAGAGGUCAUGUCUGCUCUCCCGGAGCCACCGCCGCCGCCGUCUUUCGAUUCUCGCACAGUGGCCUUGCCCUGCACGAAGGACGAUCCCAUUUUGAAUUCCAUCAAGCUGGAACAGCUAGUUACGCGACUCGACCGAACGUUCUCAACGUUUUUCUAUUCACUUUUCCCCAAAGAACCUGAUUUGGGGCCCGAAUGUUAUUUCGACCGCGACAUGGCCUGGGAUGUAGCCAAAAACAUCGAUCUCUUACACCAGGCAUCGGAUUUUGGGGCUAUCCUGGCCAGUGAGACCAUCAAAGGACAAUUUGAUGUGCUCUUUGUGGCUUAUUGUCAAUGGAAAAACGAGUGUGCCACGGCCGCGGUCAUCAGUGAGGCGUCGGAGCGACGGAAGUCCAUUGCCAAAGCGUCUGGACUUCCGAAGACACCUCAAUCGUGUGAGGGCGCACGAUUAACAAAGGAAAGGGCAGAGGCCAUCCGCACCUCUUUGAAACACGCGCGCGAACAAGCGAAAAUCGACAAUCAAGUGGCAAAAGCAAAUGAGCGUGCUGCCCGCGAAAAGGCGCGGAAUGACACCGCUUUAGCAAAAGCGGCAGCGAAAGCGGCACGUGGUCAAGUGUCGAACCGCACGAAACGGCCGGCCGAAGGGCCUUUGGAGCCUGGACAUCAAUCCUCAUCUGGCCCCUCCUCACCUACCCAGGUUGAUAACACAUCGGACGCUCCCCAACGGAAUCGAGAUGAUCGACCCGCGGCUUUGUCCGAGCGGAUCAACUUGAUCAUAUUACGUACUCCCACCUUGAAGGCGUUGACCACCGGAGGCGGGGGCCGGGUCCGGUCGCUCUCGGCUAAAUGUUCGGCAGCGUAG